AUGGAAAAUACUCAAAGUAAAAGUUCCAUUAAAAAGGAACAAAAGAAAAAAGAAAAAGAAUUGAAAAGACAAUUUAAUGUAAAAGAAAAGGAAACAAGGCAUGCAGAGAAAUUACAAAAAGAACAAUUGGAAAAUGAACAAGAAUCAGAAACCACUAAAUCAAACUAUGGUGAAAAGGAUUACUCAGAGGUGUUUGGAAACUUGGAAAAUACAGCAUUUAGAUAUGUGAAAAUCAAAGAUCUCGAUCCAACCUAUCAUAAUAAUGUUAUCACUAUGAGAGCGAGAAUCAGUCAAACCAGUACACAUGGUAAAUCUCUAGUGUUUAUAGGUCUGCGACAACAACAUUUUCGUAUCCAAGCAUUGGCAGUGGAGAGAGAAUCACUCGUUUCAAAACAAAUGAUUAGAUUCAUUCGUCAGUUGAAUGAGGAAUCGAUCGUUGAUCUUGAAGCAACCGUUAUCUACGACCCCGCAAAACAAAUAAAGAAAAGUACACAUCCCAAUCUUGAACUUAGCAUCAAAAGGCUGUACGUAAUCUCCAAGUCGAAACCACUUGAGAUCAGUCUGGAAGAUUUGUCUCUAGGCUCCUCAGAGUCACAAGCUUACUCUGUUCCUCUGUCUACUCGUACCAAUUACAAAACACUUGAUCUUCGUGUGUCUGCACAUCAAUCAAUCUUCCAACUACAAUCACAAGUGACAAACAUCAUUUACAACCGGUUGGUGAAGGAGAAGUUCAUAGAGAUACACAGCCCUAAACUAUUAAAAUGGAAUCUUGACAAUUGGAGUUCAUUUUCGUUGAAUUACUUUGGUGAGACUGCACAUUUAGCAACAUCUAAUAUACUAUACAAACAGAUGGCAAUCGCUUCUGAUUUCAAUAGAAUCUUUGAGAUUGGUCCAAUCUAUAGAAAAGAACAUGCAUCUACACACAGGCACCUCUGCGAAUUCACAAGAAUCGAUAUUGAAAUGAGAAUUGAAGAACAUUAUCAUGAACUUUUAGAUCAAAUUGACCAAAUGUUUAUCGAGAUAUUCGAAAGACUAAACAAACUACCUGAACUGCUAUCACUUAUUGGUCAACAGUAUCCGAGUGAAUCGAUUGUAUAUGGAACACCACCAUUGAGAAUCGACUACACUGAUGCAGUGCAGAUGUUAAAAGAUCUCAAUGAAAUAGGCAUGGGUGCCGACGACUACCUGUCGACUUCACAAGAACGCCGACUUGGUCAACUCAUCAAGAGCACGUAUGGUAUCGAUUGCUAUAUGAUCGAUCGAAUGCCGAGUGACAUGAGUGAUGUAAAUGCAAUGCCAUGCGUAUCGAAUGGCAACCAAAGGGUUCAACAGAAUGACAGACAAUAUACAAAUUCAUUUGUCUAUUAUAUCAGAGGUCAAGAGAUUGCCAAAGGAUCACAAAGAAUACAUGAUCACAAUCAACUGAAACUGGCAAUCAACGAACAACAAAUAAAAUACAAUCUCUUGAGGAGCCAAGAUGAAAUCAAUUGCUACCUUGAUUUCCUAGGCACCUUGAAGUACGGUUGCUAUCCAUACGCUGGAUGUAGUAUUGGUUUGGAAAGUCUACUUAUGGCCUAUCUUGGCAUUCCAAACAUCAGAACCUGUUCAAUGUAUUAUAGAGACUGUAGAACUCUCAAUCCAUAA